GAAAACAUCAUGGCAGAGCAGGUGAACCUGAGCCGGACCCAAGUGUGCGGGAUCCUGAGGGAAGAGUUGUACCAGAAUGAUGCCUUCCACCAAGCUGAUACACACAUAUUUAUCAUCAUGGGUGCAUCGGGUGACCUGGCCAAGAAGAAGAUCUAUCCCACCAUCUGGUGGCUGUUCCGCGAUGGCCUUCUACCUGAAGACACCUUCAUUGUGGGCUAUGCCCGCUCAGGACUCACAGUGGAUGAUAUCCAAAAGCAGAGUGAGCCCUUCUUUAAAGCCACUCCAGAAGAAAGACCCAAACUGGAGGAGUUCUUUGCCCGUAACUCCUAUGUAGCUGGCCAGUAUGAUGAUCCGGCCUCCUACAAGCACCUCAACAGCCACAUGAAUGCUCUGCACCAGGGGAUGCAGGCCAACCAUCUAUUCUACCUGGCCUUGCCCCCAACAAUCUAUGAAGCAGUCACCAAGAACAUUCAAGAGAUCUGCAUGAGUCAGACAGGCUGGAACCGCAUCAUAGUGGAGAAACCCUUCGGGAGAGACCUGCAGAGCUCCAAUCAACUGUCGAACCACAUCUCCUCUCUUUUCCGUGAGGACCAGAUCUACCGCAUUGACCACUACCUGGGCAAAGAGAUGGUCCAGAACCUCAUGGUGCUGAGGUUUGCCAACAGGAUCUUUGGACCCAUUUGGAAUCGAGACAACAUUGCUUGUGUGAUCCUCACAUUUAAAGAGCCCUUUGGUACUGAGGGUCGUGGGGGCUAUUUUGAUGAAUUUGGGAUCAUCAGGGAUGUUAUGCAGAACCACCUCCUGCAGAUGUUGUGUCUGGUGGCCAUGGAAAAGCCUGCCACCACAGAAUCAGAUGAUGUUCGUGAUGAGAAGGUCAAAGUGUUGAAACGUAUCUCAGAGGUGCAAACUGACAAUGUGGUCCUUGGCCAGUAUGUGGGGAGCCCCAAUGGAGAAGGAGAAGCUGCCAAUGGAUACUUAGAUGACCCCACAGUACCCCGUGGGUCCACCACUGCCACCUUUGCGGCAGCUGUCCUCUAUGUGGAGAAUGAACGGUGGGAUGAGGUACCCUUCAUUCUGCGCUGUGGCAAAGCCCUGAAUGAACGCAAAGCUGAAGUGAGACUGCAGUUCCGAGAUGUACCAGGCGACAUCUUCCACCAGCAGUGCAAGCGUAAUGAGCUGGUCAUCCGUGUACAGCCCAAUGAGGCAGUAUACACCAAGAUGAUGACCAAGAAGCCUGGCAUGUUCUUUAACCCUGAGGAGUCAGAGCUGGACCUAACUUAUGGCAGCAGAUACAAGAAUGUGAAGCUCCCUGGUGCCUAUGAACGCCUCAUCCUGGAUGUCUUCUGUGGGAGCCAGAUGCACUUUGUUCGUACUGAUGAACUCAGGGAAGCCUGGCGUAUCUUCACACCACUGCUGCACAAGAUUGAUCGAGAAAAGCCCCAGCCCUUCCCCUAUGUAUAUGGCAGCCGGGGCCCCGCAGAGGCAGAUGAGUUGAUGAGGAGAGUGGGCUUCCAGUACGAGGGGACCUACAAGUGGGUGAACCCUCUCAAGCUCUGA